AUUGCAUUCGUAAUGCUACAUCGAGAGUUCGUUGCUGUCUCUGUAUCCACAUAUAUAUGAUGCGAUAUCGUGCGUGAAUUGUAGAGUUAACUUUUCACGUAAACAGACGCACGCGUAUAAUUCGUUUCGUUUUGUUAAUAUUGUUCGAGUAUAUUAUUAUACACCAAGUGCAUUCUAUUCUAAUAGUUGGAUUUUCCCUCAAUACAAAUGCAUUUUAUAAGAAAUUUUUGGUUUCGGUUCCUCGUAUUAUUGUGAAUAUUUUUGUUUUGUUUAAAGAAAAGUUGCUGUCCUUUUAAAACUACUUAAAAAAAAAUUGUGAAACCUUAUUCAACCAGAACCAAUUCUCGAAAAUAUCAACAUAAUAUUUUGGUUUGUGUAUAAUACACAGUGUGAACAACAAAGAACGUGCGGCGAGGUUAACAAACAAAAACGUCGUUCCUAUAACAACCACAAGGAAAAACAUCGGAAAAAAUAUCCUGAUGAUGACUAAGAUUAACGUUCGAUAGAACGAACAUGUCAACGAAAUGAAAUCGACCAACAAAACCAUAAAAAAAUUUUCAAUUUGGUGCGGGCGAAAUUCAGCAUUAGAAUUUAUAAAGAAAAAAGUUAUUUUUUAAUUAAUUAAUUAUGCUGCGAAAAAUGUAAAAAAAAGAAUUAAUCGAAAAACGUCUAACUAGAGUAGAAAUAAUACCAUAAGUGGUGCCGUAUACGUAAUAAUAUUAUAUUCAUGAUUUGAAAACGUCUAUUCAUUCGUAGCUGAAUGUGGUUUUACAAUAAGUGGUUUUUAUUCAUAAAUGUUAUUAAGAAAACAGUCAAAGAACGAACAGUGAAAGUGCAAUAAAAUUCUAAUUUUUUUUACUCGUUCUUCUCCCGCAAUUAUUGCACAUUAGUGUCUUUAAUUUUAAUUGAAAUAAGCAUUAUAAUCAUAAAAAUGCUGUUUUCAAGUUCUAGUGGAACGAUAAAUUUUAUGGAAUUGGUCUGUAUGACAUGCUUCAUACUUGGGAUUACACAUGGCAAAGCAACAAAUAAUAUUAAUCAUUUUAGUGAUGAAGUGCAAAACUACUUAAUGAAUUUCGGAUACUUACCGAAGUCCGAUAUAGAAACGGGUAAUCUUCGGACAGAAACACAAUUAUUUAGUGCAAUAAAAGCGUUACAGCGUUUCGGAAAUAUACCCGAAACGGGUAUAAUUGACGAAGCGACACGCAAGUUAAUGAAACGGCCAAGAUGUGGUCAGCCCGAUUUUCCGUCUGGAACGGACAGCAGAACAGAGUUUUCUGCUGACAAUAGGAUCAGAAGAAAAUAUGGACGACAAAAGCGUUAUGUGAUACAAGGUCCGAAAUGGCCAAAUACGAAUUUAACAUGGAGUCUGGUAAAUCAAACUAUGUCUACACUUGAUGUCGGGCAAGUCAGAAGGGUUUUACAUGAGGCAUUGGAUGUUUGGGCAAGAAGUUCUCCAUUGACGUUCCAAGAAGUUUACAGCGAUGAGGCUGACAUUCAAGUGCUGUUUGCGAAAAAAUAUCACGGUGAUGGUUACGAUUUCGAUGGUCCGGGCCAAGUGUUAGCUCAUGCAUUUUACCCUGGCCAAGGACGCGGUGGUGAUGCCCAUUUUGACGAAGAGGAAAAUUGGAUUUUAACAAACGACCCGAAUGUUGAAGGAACCAAUUUGAUGGGAGUUAGCGUUCACGAAUUUGGACAUUCGCUUGGCCUAGGUCAUAGUUCCGUAGAGGAUGCUAUUAUGUUUCCGUGGUAUCACGGUUAUCAGAUGUUCGAACACUUACCGAAAGAUGACUGGCUGGCUAUCCAACAGCUUUAUGACUCUGGCCGGAAGCAAUGGGAUGAUAACCCACACAGAAAAACAACUACAACUACCAGAACAACUAGUACUACAACAACUACUACCACAACUACGACAAGAAGGCCCUACGAAUCUGAUCGACGACAUUACACGCACCGUCACAAUUCGGAUACACCAACUCAUCGAUCCAAACACUAUCCGCACGACAAGCCAUUCAAUCCGAAGUAUCAUUACGGUCAUCGAGUAUUUACAGAACGAACCGAUACUGAAACACCGAAACGUCCAUAUAAACCAUACUAUCCUCGAAAUCCAGCUAAAAAUCCCGAUCCAACAGAUUAUCCACGAUACUAUCCAGAUCGACCGCGACCGUAUACUACGUCAACGACAACUCAACGACCGUUCAGACAUCAUCCGCAUACAAAUAAACCGGAAACAUGUAAUACCAGCUAUGAUGCUAUUACAAUCAUUAGGGGAGAGCUGUUCAUAUUCAAAGAUCGUUAUCUGUGGCGAAUUGGCAGUCAAGGCUUGUAUGCUGGUUAUCCACAUGAAAUGGAUAGACUGUGGAUUGGUUUACCGGAUAAUUUCACUCACAUCGAUGCUGUGUAUGAGAACAAGGACAGACAAAUUGUAUUCUUUAUUGGCAACAUGUACUACGUUUUCAAUUCGAACGUUCUGGAACAGGGCUACCCAAAACCAUUGACUCAUUUAGGAUUACCAGCUUAUUUAGACAAAAUUGAUGCUGCUUUGGUUUGGGGUCAUAACAAUCGAACGUACUUUUACAGUGGAACAUUGUACUGGAGAUUCGAUGAAGACAUAAAGCAUGUAGAACUUGACUAUCCGCGAGAUAUGUCGAUAUGGCGUGGCAUUGGCUAUCAUAUCGAUGCUGCUUUUCAAUGGAAAAAUGGCAAGACGUACUUCUUCAAGGGCAAAGGAUUUUGGAAAUUCGAAGAUUCAAUAAUGCGUGUGGCUCACGAUCGCCCAUUGUCGUCAGCAACACAUUGGAUGGGUUGUGCACGCACGGAAUCUGAAGAGGAACUGGAGCCGACUAGACGGUCGCCAUUGACGAGUGUCCCAUCAAGCUCAAAGUUUAUCACAUCAUCGAUUUCGUUGACGUAUUGGUGCUGCAUUUUAGUUUUAUGUUUUAGAUGGAUGUGUAGAGAUCCGAUAAAUUAGAACAAUUGAUGAAAGGACAAGACGCACAAUUAUUGAUAAAAUGAUUUAUUUUUUUGGAAAUAAUAAAAUAUACUUCCGAGUGAUGAGUUGUCAUCAAAAGGUUUUCAUUUAGUACAUGGAUUGUCUUCCAAUUUUUUUUUUGUUAAUUUUUUUAAUUUUAACAAUUUUCAUAAAGAUUUACAGGAAAAUGGAGUUUUGCCUCUCUGGUGAUGAAAAUUUUAUGAUUGAAAGACUGGAUGAGUUUUUUACGGGGUCAUUGACUUUCACAAUGAACAUAAUCGUGAUCGGAAUUCUAUGAGCGCAAAAAAUUUGAUAAAAUAAACUGAUAGCCUUCUGCAACAUCGUACGUAUAUUAUAUAGUUACUGAAUAGCUUUUGAAAUGUUUACUUGCUUAAUGUAUUCACACGUGUCUGAAUAGCGUAACCAAUUUAUGUUUUAAUUGUAUAAAUCAAACUAUAAAACUGCCAUUUGUGCUAUAAAAUAUUGAUAGAAGAAUUUUUUGCUAUGAAAAUUUAUAUUUGAAAAAUUAAAAUGUCGCACAAUUUACGACUUGCACGAAAAUUUUUAACAAUAAAAAUAUUAAAAGUUUCAUGGAAAAUUGUCUAUAAAGUGUCAAUGUAAAGUCGUCCAAGAAUUUUUUUAUUAGGAAGCACAUCAAGAAUUAUGGUUGUUAACAAAAAACAAAACUCAAAUAAAGGCGUCCGAAAUGAAAAUUUAGUUGAAUGAGACGGGGAACUAUCUAUUCAUUGAUGUAAAAGCGUCGUAAUAUGGAAAGAAGCAUAGAAUUAAAUUAUAGAUUUUAGUUAGUAAAACCAAUUUAUUGUUUCAUAUCUUUUCUAUAUAAUCACUGUGUAACUGUGAUAUAAUUUUAAUAUAUUUUAACAAA